AUGGAGCAUCCGCUGAUACCGUUGAUCGGUAAAAGUACGUCGCUUGAGAGCGUGAAGAGGUUCGUUCGAUCGAUUAUCAACAUCUUUGGGGAGGAAUACCUUCGUUCACCGACUAAUGAAGACGUUGCACGCCUGCUCGAGGAGGGUUCACAACGAGGUUUUCCUGGUAUGCUUGGGAGCAUUGACUGCAUGCACUGGGUAUGGAAGAACUGUCCAACCGCCUGGCAAGGUAUGUAUACUGGGCAUUUUCAUGAACCUACAAUUAUUUUGGAGGCCGUAGCUAGCAAAGAUAUUUGGAUAUGGCAUGCCUUCUUUGGAUUGCCGGGGUCUCACAAUGACCUCAACGUGCUACAUCGUUCUCCGGUUUUUGCACAACUUGCGGAGGGAAGAGCUUCACCGUGCAACUAUACUGUUAAUGGUCACGAGUACAAUAUGGGAUACUAUCUCGCCGACGGGAUUUACCCAGAGUGGUCCACAUUAGUGAAGACUAUUCCAGCACCGCGAGGAAACAAGCAUAAAUACUUUGCUCAACAACAAGAGAGCGCAAGAAAAGAUGUUGAGCGAGCUUUUGGCGUGUUGCAAGCUCGAUUUGCGAUUGUUCGUGGACCAGGACGUUUCUGGCAACCUAGUGUGCUGAAAGACAUCAUGACAGCUUGCAUCAUAAUGCAUAACAUGAUCGUUGAAGAUGAACGAGAUUGUCAAUUGGACAACAACUUCGACUUUAAUGAUUCGAUACCAGUCGUUGAACCUUCUCAUGUGCAGACGGUGCCUCUAACUGAGUUCAUCCAAAAUCAUCAUCGAAUCAGGAACACGCAAACACACAAAUCACUAAAGAAUGAUUUGAUCGAGCAUCUGUGGCAGCUCAAGGGAUCCAUCGACGAAUCGACGAGGAUUAAGUUUCUAAUGUAA